AUGAACGCGGCAACUUUGGCGAAAAACAAAACAGCUCGAUUUUCUCCACGUUUAGAACAUGCUGAGUGCAUAAAGUGCUACAGGCGUGGCCAUGUUGCUGCUGACUGCUGGUUCAACCAGCAGUCAGCAGCAGUAGCAGCAGCAGCCUCAAAGAAGGACAUUGCAGCUAAAACAGCCAGAGCAGCUGCAGAAGCAGUUGCUCUGGCUGACAAGCUGGCUGCUGAAGCUGCCGAAGCAGCAGCUUCAGCAGUAGCUGCAGCAGAAACAGCAGCAGCAGCAGCAGCAGCGGCAUCAGCAGCAGGAGGCGGAGAAGGAGAAAAUGCAUCUGUAUCUGGGCCCAAUGAGCCAGGAACAAACGUUCAUAAUUAUGAAAAGUAA